AUGGCCACAGGAAGACAUGGUAAGCUGGAAAAAUUUAAUGCAGGAGUUGAUAACGUAGAAGAUUACAAAGAGCGUUUUCUCCUGUUCUGCGCUGCGAAUGGGUUGGAGGACGCAGACAAGCUGAAAGCAGUCUUCUUGACUUGCGUUGGCACUGCGACUUACACGCUCUUGAAGAAUCUGGUCAGGCCAGAGAAGCCACAACACAAGUCACUGGAUGAGUUGUUUAAGCUGUUAAAGAGCCAUUUUCAGCCACGUAUCGUUGUGAUCGCGGAGAGAUUCCGUUUUUAUCAUAGUCUUCAGACAGAAGGUGAGACGAUCGCGAAUUAUAUGACUGAACUACGCAGGCUAUCGAAGCACUGCGAUUUCGGAGACUACCUGGAUACAGUGCUCAGGGAUCAACUGGUGUGCGGAUUGUAUCACGAGGAUGUGCAGAGAAAGAUCCUUGCCAAAUCAGAGCUGACCUUGACAAAGGCAGUCCACAUUGCACAAGCCGCUGAAACUGCGAGAGACGAAACGCAUGCUUUACGUGGGAAUGCCAUACGGCGACCACCUGCAAAGCAAGUCGAGACGGCGUUUAGCGUACAACGUGACACAACAGAUGGCGCUUACAAGGCAAUGCAAUUAGACAGCAGAGAAUGCUAUAGAUGUGGUGGGCGUGGACAUCACCCUAGUACAUGCAAAUUCAAGUCUCAGAAGUGUCAUUUCUGCAGGAGACAAGGGCAUAUCAGAGUAUGCCGCAAACGAUCUCAACAAGAUGAGCUCAAGAAGGACACCGCAGCCGUACGUACCACAGCGAAAGGCAAGCCACAACCCACUCAUGAAAUUGAUGAAGAUACUGUCAGUGUGGUGUUUGCUCAAUCUGGAAAGGGCGGAGUCAAGAUCACACUGGAAGUAGGCGGCAGUCAGAUACCGAUGGAGGUGGACACAGGAGCCACAGUGACGGUAAUACCCAUCAGUGUAUAUGAGCAGUAUCUGACCCAUGUCCAGCUACAUGCAAGUACGGUGUCAAUGAAGACGUACAGCGGUGGAAGCCUCAAGGUGAAAGGAGAGGCAACUGUACCAGUGAGAUACGGUGAGCAGCAUGCUACUCCCAAAAUUAUAGUAGUAGAUGUACGGGGUAAACCAACCAUUCUGAGGAGAAACUGGUUAAGUAAGAUCCGGCUCGAUUGGGGAUCUCUGUUCAGUGUUGAGGCACGCCAAAUGUUUGACCCCAAGGAGAAUUUUUCAAAAUUAUUUGGUUCCGGCGUGGGUACUGUACAAGGGCAUGAGGCAAGAAUUACACUGACAGCGAAGGCUAAACCGAGAUUCCACAGGCCUCGACCGGUGCCACAUGCUCUACAAGAAAAGGUCAAUCAGAAACUACAUCGCAUGCAACGCGAGGGAGUAAUACGACCAGUAGAGAAGAGCGGCUGGGCAACUCCAGUAGUUGUAAUUCGAAAAGGGGACGGUACAGUGAGACUGUGUGGUGACUACAAGGUCACGCUAAACCCCUAUUUAGAUAUGGGAGGUUAUCCAAUGCCGAACCCCAGAGUUUGUUGGCAACCUUGGCUGGAGGAAGACGAUUCUCGCGAAUGGAUCUGA